AUGGACUCCGGAGUAAACAAGUCCCGGUCAUGGAUACCGAGCUUUCUCAGAGCGCCGGAUCAGAAGGAUGGCCAGCCAGAUGAGAGGACAUCGCUUCUGCCCAACUCGCAGCAUGAGGAGUGGUCUACUGGCGAAACUACUGAGCUCGACGAUGAAACCGCGACAUCUUUUCGACUUGUUCUCCAGGAAUUCUGGAUACUGCUCAAAGGAUCAUUACCCGUGGUCGUAGCAUACGCAUUGCAAAAUUCGUUGCAGACAGUCUCUGUUCUUAUCGUCGGACGCUUAUCACCAGAAGCAUUGGCCACAGCUGCAUUCUCAUACAUGUUCGCAAUGGCUACUGGUUGGCUUGUUGCUCUUGGUGGAACAACAGCAAUCGAUACGUUGGCCUCCGCCAGCUUCACGGGAAGUAAGAAUCGCCAUGAUCUUGGAAUCAUUCUCCAGCGCUCCUUCUUGGUGCUAUUGCUAUUCUACAUACCAAUUGCUAUAGUGUGGUUCUGCUCUGAACCACUCUUUAAAGCACUCGGCCAGGAAGAUUAUAUAGCGCGCGACUCGGCAAAGUUUCUCUCUGUACUAGCGCCUGGUGGUAUUGGGUAUAUCUAUUUUGAGGCUUUGAAGAAGUACAUGCAGGCUCAAGAAAUCAUGAGGCCCGGAACAUACGUCCUUCUCAUAACGUCACCUCUCAGUGCCGGCCUCAACUACUUGUUCGUGUACACUUUCAAGAUGGGGUUACUUGGCGCGCCACUUGCGACUGGCAUUGCAUACUGGGCAUCCUUCUUCCUGCUGCUUGCCUAUGCACGCUUCAUAGACGGAUGGCAAUGCUGGGGUGGGUGGGACCGAAAAUGCCUUCAGAACCUAUGGGUCUUCGCACGCCUGGCCUUCCUUGGAGUCAUACAUGUCGGCACGGAAUGGUGGGCGUUCGAGAUCGUCGCACUCGUUGCAGGUAAGCUGGGUACCAUUCCGCUCGCUGCACAAAGCGUUAUCAUGACUACGGACCAAGUCAUGAACACCAUUCCCUUUGGGGUAGGUGUUGCUACCUCGUCACGGGUUGGCAAUCUCCUUGGGGCACGUAACGCGAAAGGUGCCGCCAGGGCUGCAAACACUGCCGCAGUUCUGAGCAUGGUACUUGGUGCGCUUGUAUUGGCCGUGCUCAUGGGCGUCAAGGACUUUUACGCUAAGAUCUUCAACGAUGAUCAAGAUGUGGUCAAGCUCACCGCCAAGGUAAUGCCGUACGUUGCAUUGUUCCAGAUCGCGGACGGAUUGAAUGGAAGCUGCGGUGGGGCACUUCGAGGUAUGGGCCGGCAGCACAUUGGAGCUACCGUGAACAUUGUCAGCUACUAUUGCGGUGCUUUGCCACUGGGCAUCUGGCUUGCGUUCCACGGCUGGGGUCUCGCGGGCUUAUGGGUCGGGCAAUGCAUUGCCCUGUACCUUGUCGGAUUUGCUGAGUGGGCGAUUGUUGCUUGGAGCAACUGGGAUUACCAGGUCAAGAAGGCUUUUGAAAGGAUGGAUGCGGAUGACAGGGCCGAGCUGGGUGUUCCUUCCGAAGGGGCAACGCCAGUGCAUAGAUAG